UACUGGGUAUGUGUCACACUGCCAAAUCCCCGAUCACAAGUCUCCAUGAACUGGCGGUGAGCUGGGAUAAUAAAACCCCUGACAUCACCAUUCCAGAAGCUUCACAAGACUGCAUAUAUAAGGGGCCGGCUGUAGCUGCAGCUGAAGGAGCUGACCAGCCAGCUGACCCCCUGCAUUCACUUAGCCGCCAUGGACAUCGCCAUUCACCACCCCUGGAUCCGACGCCCUUUCUUUCCUUUCCAUUCUCCCAGCCGCCUCUUUGACCAGUUCUUUGGAGAGCACCUGUUGGAGUCUGACCUCUUCCCAACAUCCACUUCCCUGAGCCCCUUCUACCUUCGGCCACCCUCCUUCUUGCGGGCACCCAGCUGGAUUGACACCGGACUCUCAGAGAUGCGUAUGGAGAAGGACAGGUUCUCUGUCAACCUGGAUGUAAAGCACUUCUCCCCGGAGGAACUCAAGGUCAAGGUGCUGGGAGAUGUGAUUGAGGUGCAUGGCAAGCAUGAAGAGCGCCAGGAUGAACAUGGUUUCAUCUCCAGGGAGUUCCACAGGAAAUACCGGAUUCCAGCUGAUGUGGACCCUCUCACUAUUACUUCAUCCCUGUCAUCUGAUGGGGUCCUCACUGUGAAUGGACCAAGGAAACAGGCCUCUGGCCCUGAGCGCACCAUUCCCAUCACUCGUGAAGAGAAGCCUGCUGUCACUGCAGCUCCCAAGAAGUAGAUGCCCUUCCUAAUUGCAUUUUUUAAAAUAAGAAAGUUUCCCCACUGGUGAAUGAAAAUUUUGUGACUACUGCUGAAGCUUAUUAAUGCUAAGGGCAGGCCCAAAUUAUUAAGCUAAUAAAAUAUCAUUCAGCAACAGA